AUGACACUUCACAACAUUCUUUUGCAUCUCAUAGGUGUUGCACUCUUCUUCACGCUUCUGGCACUCCUUUUUUGCGUUUGUCGAAUCGCAGAUUCGGCUUUGGUGCCUCCAUCACGAUUAUCCUCACGACAGACUAGUUCAACAAGUUUGAACAACGUGGAUCCGGCAGGCCCCAAUGAUCUUCCCUUGGCUUUCAUUGAGAAAUCGCAAAUUGAUGAGGAAAGAAGGCGUUUCAUCUACUGA